GUCACAUCACAUCACACGUAAUUUAGUCACGCAGAAAUGGAACCGUUUAUUUUAUAUGCUAAAACCAUGGAGAAAUAAGAACACACGGGCUCGCUAGUCACAGUUAAUUCGCAGAGAGAUUGCCGAAGGUCUGAAGCAGUGAAGGGCUUUUGUGUUAGCCGUAUCUUAGCCGUGCAACGAUUUACAAAACGGUGUUCACUGUUGAAUGAAACCAUUGAUUGUGUGUUGUGCUGGUUACCGUUGUGCUCAUCCGCGGCCGGCCGGCCGCGCAGGAAGUGUGUCAAGUUCAUUAUUCAGGUUAUUCACAUCCAUGACAUCUGCGUGUAUACAUCCACGUGUACAAAUUAACAGAGGCCAAGUUAACUAACGAUCACAGCGCAGCCAGUGCUAAAACACAAGAUGGCGGCCAGCAGGAAAAAAAGUCUUAUAAUUGCUUUUGUGUGCGUUGGAUUUUUCCUGUUCGUAGAGCUUGGAUUUUGGAGCACGGGUGGAACUGGAAGCGUUUCCUCAAAUAAUGCAGGGAUGGUGAACGGGAAAUUUCGUAGUCCCCGUCAAAAGGGAAUCACCAAGAAGUCCAAUAUUGUCAUCAUAGGCUCCGGACCUACCGCUCUGGGUGCUGCUAAAAGAUUCUACGAUCUCGGGCAUGGGAAAGACAACAGUGAAAUCACUAUCCUGGAAGAGCUAGGUAGACCAGGAGGCCUUGCUUCUUCUACCAGGGAUGAUAAAGGUUUUCUCUGGGACGUCGGAGUUCACGUCGUCUUCUCGCAUUACACCUACUUUGAUCGAGUCCUGAACAUGGCAGUACCCGAGUGGAACUACCGGCGCAGGGCGUCAUUUGCCUUCAUGAAAGGAUCAGAUGACAAGAGGAGAUUUAUUCCUUAUCCAGUUCAGAACAAUAUCCACGUCAUGGAUAAAAUUGAUCAGCAGAAAAGCCUGAAAGGCUUAGAGGAGAUUACCAAAAAUCCCAUCACCCGUAAACCCACAAAUUUUGACGAGUGGCUGCUGCAGAAAUUCGGAGUGGGUCUGGCAGACGUCUUUAUGAGGAAAUACAACCAGAAAAUAUGGACGGUUAACACCACGGAAAUGAACUCGGCCUGGGUUGGCGAGAGAGUUGCCGUACCAGACAUUGAAGAAAUCAAGACCAAGAUUAAAGAGGUGGAUAACGGGAUAGAGGCCAAGGAUUCCGAGUGGGGACCGAACCGUUUCUUCCGUUUCCCCAAAUAUAAUGGAACUGGUGGCAUUUGGCAGUCAGUUGCAAGAAUGCUUCCAAGCCACUGGUUCAAAUUUCACGAAAAGGUAACUGGAAUAGAUAUUGACCAAAAAAUUAUCACUGUUGAGGCUGGAACGGUUAGUAAGACACACUACACCUUAGAAUACGAUAUUCUUUUCUCGACGGUCCCCUUAGACGUCUUUACAUCCUUCUUGCAGAGCAAAGAUACAUCUUUGGAGCAGAUGCGGCAGCUCGCAUCCCAACUGGUGUACACGCACACUCACAUCGUAGGCGUCGGCCUCACCGGUCACCUACCCAAGAGCCUCGCUGAUAAGUCUUGGGUGUAUUUCCCUGAUUCAGAUUCCCCGUUUUACCGUGUAACAAUGUUCUCCAAUUAUUCAGACGACCAUGUACCUAAAGGAGGAGCUUUUUGGUCGCUUAUGUGCGAAAUAGCCGAACCACAGAAAAGUUCUAAUCCAUCGUAUUGGAGUAGAGAAAACUUGAUAAAAGAAUCCAUUCAAGCCUUAGUCUUGUACGGGUUCAUCACUGCUGAUAUGGUAGUCUCCAAGCACUACCGUCGCUUGGACCACGGAUACCCCGUCCCUUCACUUAAAAGAGAUAUACUCCUUGACACGAUACAACCUUGGCUGAAAACCAAAGACAUCUACUCCCGUGGACGGUUUGGAGGUUGGAGAUACGAGGUUGCAAAUCAAGAUCAUUCCUUCAUGCAAGGGGUCGAGGCCGUGGACAAUAUCCUAAGCGACGUUCCGGAGUUGACUUACCCUGAUCCGAAUCUUGCCAACUCCAAGAAAAACACGGAUCGCACCAUCCCCUUGGAUUAUGAAAUCGUCAUCGCUCAUUAUAACGAGAAUCUUGAUUGGCUGAAGCCUUAUGCCAACCGCACGCUCGUCUACUCUCAUGGGAACGACCUGGGUCCGCCAUUCCAGUUCUAUUCUUGGGAACGGCUUAAAAAUGUCGGCCGAGAGGCGCAUGUGUAUCUUACUCACAUCACCACUUACUACGAUCGGCUAGCCAAUGUGACCGUCUUUCUUCAGGGGGACAAAUUCAGGGGACGAUGCUUCAAAAGUGUGCCAGAAAUCCUGGCGAAUGCCAAGAAGGGUGUGCCCUGUCGAAAGCUCGGAAAUUGGUACACCGCCUGGGGUAAUAUCAAAUUUCCCAAGUAUUACCUCGACGAUUUCAAGAAGAAAAAUAUUCCCAUGCUGAAGGCGAACCGGACCCUUGGCGAGGUGUACCAGGACCUGUGGGGGUCUCCUCCGCCUAAGCCAGGGAUAAGGUACUGUUGGAACGCAUGUUUAGGAGCAACCAAGGCCAUGAUCCAUAAACAUCCUUUGGAGUUUUAUCAGAAGGCACUAGGUUACGUUAGCACAUACUCCAACCAGGAAGAAGCACAUUAUUUAGAGAGGUUUUGGUUCCAUAUGUUCACCUAAACUCAAAGUGCUAUGCAAAGCUCACGGUAUGUCGAAAGCUUCUUGUCUUCAGCCUCACAUCGGCGAUUCGGUACGUACCAGCGGUGCUAACGGACUUGGGGAAGACGAGAACCACCAACACUAAGGCACCAUCCCCCUGCAUGGUAUUUCGGCGCAUAUACCAUAGAGCUAGAGUGCGACUUUGCAUUACAAAUGGGACAGUUGAAUUCUAGGGAAAUGUGAUUUUAACUAGAUGAUGUGCCAAAUUCAACCACGAUCUUUCCGUACGACCACUACAAAUUUCCCUUGCGAAUGUAUAUGUUUGAAAUCUAAUUACUCAUUGUGACUACAUGUAUAUAAUGUUCAUUGUGACUGAAUCAUCUAUGUACAUGUACAUUUAAUCUUCGGAUUAAAUAGUUUUGUUACAGCUGGGUUUCGUCUGUAUAGCUAAAGCUGCCUUGCAAAAAAGGCUUGAAGGCCGAGAGAAUAGUGAAGCCUGGUGACAAGCUCGUGUAUUGUCGUGCUACACAGCUGGAAUGAGGGUUUUAAUAAUAGCAUAACACAAUAAAGGGGGCCACUUUCCAUCCGUCACGUUAGCGGUUUUUCCAAUGGUUGUAAUUAGGCUGAAACCACCCAAAAAGUUUUUGAAAUGUGACUGGACAUGUAAUAUGUGUUGAAUCAUUUCUUUCUUUCUUUUUUAAUUUUUCAAAUCACCCUCAAAUUUCCAUCAAAUAUGGACGGAAAAAGUUAUAUAAGUUUUCCCUCCACUUUUUGAUGGAAAUUUGAGGAGGAUGUCAAAAAGCAAUAUAAAUAAUCAACUCAAAUCGUCUUCAGCGAAAGGCUGCAUGUCCAUUCAUGUGUUGAAAUUCUUCUUUGGUGGUUUCACAUGUUUAACAAAAAAAUCACAACCAUUGGAAAAACUGUAGAUAAGUGGCCCCAUUUAUUGUGUUUCUUGUCGUAAUCAUUAGGAAACCCUUGAACCAGGCUGUGCCUUUGUGUAACUGGGGACCCUGUGAUCAGCAAGGCGAUUUAGACUGUGUAGAAACGACCCGCAACGUCAGGGCUCCGUUCCCUCAAACUUUCAAAAGUGCAAAUUAUUAAAAUGAUCAAUUUGGACAGUUUUGUGUUAGUUUUACGUUUGAACGUGCUGUUAUUAUAGUCAUAGCCAUAUCUAAAUUAUCUUAUCAGAUCUAUAUCUAGAAGGCCCAAAGGAAAGAUUUCCAUAUACGAAGUUCACUCAAAACUCUGUGUACAAACCCUAUGAGAGUGGACUGAAAAAUUCUAAGUGUUUUCUAAGAAAAUGUUGGUAUUUUCUCACUGCUCAAAUUGACUUUGAUGACAUGAAAUUGCUAUCUGGGGGCUUGUUAGUCAAUACAGAGGAAAAUUAGUGAACUUCGCAUAUGGUAAUCUUGCCGGCCCCAAGGAGUGUGUUGAUUUUUAUUGUAUGCAAGUUCAUUUUCCCGAAAAAAGAUUGGUUAGGGUGUAUUUGUAUUGGGUUGAAAAUGUGGGGAGUACAUUUAAUGUAAAUUGGAGAUUUACUUGAGAAGACAUGCAGUUAUUGAAAUGCAAGAGAUAGACAAUGGGAAAGUAAUAGCCAUAUGAGCUGAUUAGGCAAAGAGAUUAUCAAUGUAUAGAAUCUCAAGUAAAGUUCCACAGCAAGUUCGUAAUACAUUACAGUGAGUGAACUUUUACAUGUAAAGGGUAAAUCCUGACGCACUGCCAAAGUAUGAUAUUACCCUUCCCUUGGUCAGGCUCCCUUCUUGGCAGGGUGACCGUAAGGUCCGAGCCAAAUUCUGCUAAAUGCACAUCAAAAAUCUGUCAGAUUUAUAAAAAAUCUGCCAAAUUCUGCCAGAAAUCUGCCCAAAAAAAUACAUUCUGUCAAAUUUUCUGUCAAACUCGUUUUUUUUUACAAAAAUUCUGUCAAAGUUAGCCGAAAAUUGGCUAAAACGGUCAAUCUGCUUCUUGGACACUGGUUCACGCGCAUUGCAAAACGGCGCAUUCCACUGCAUUUUAACACUUGGUGUAUAUGCUCUGAGAAAAGGAAUUGGACAUCCUUAAUUUAAUGUAGUUUUGAUGUAAGUAAAUAUGUACAUCUGUAUCAUGAACAGCGCCCCCUUGUGGCCUCCAGUCCCCCACCCCUUCGGAUUUCCACGGCUGGGCAAUUUUUAAAUUUUGGUCAUCAUGCCACCAUGCCGUCAUUAUUAUACUAAUGUAUAAAGCAUUACACGUGAAGUAAAAAUACUAGAACUCGAAUUAAAACGUUUGAUGUACGAUAAUUAAAUUAAAAGGACAUAUUGAGCAUCCGCUUGCAUCAUCCAAAGUUUUAACUUCGUUGGAGCAGGUCAUAUUGCAGGGAGUAGAAAAUUGCUUUUUUCUCUCCUUUUAAACAUUAAGAAACAUGUUUACUAUCCUGUGAAUGCAAAAUACAGUCGAUCCCUGAUAAUAAGAGCACUGUACAACGUCAUGAUUGCAUUAUAUAACAAUCAAACUUGUAGGUCCCAAGUCUUCGUUUUUCUUUGUGUUUCCUUUGUUUUGCAAUUACUGGUUCCUUUUAUUAACAAGGUAAUUUGUAAAGUCCCAAGGACCUUGUUAUAAAGGUGUUCGACUGCAGUUGUAGUUGUUGUUGAAAGUUUGAAAAACUAUAAUGAUUUUUAUAUUUCUUAGUUGAUUCUUUUUCACGUGCGCUUACGGAAAAGUUCUAUCAGGCCAAAUAAAAAUAAAAACAUGUUUAGCAUCCCCGCCCACUUCCUUUUUGAGGGCCGCCUCUUUUUUUCUUUUUUUUUGAAAAAAAAAAGCAAAAAUGUUGACCGAUCCAUCGUUAAAUCAAAUACUUGCAAGUCGGAACUUCUAAUUCUAGACUGUAUUGGUCACUUCCCACAUCGAGCAUUCAGUCAACCCCGGCGAUCUCCAAACCAGCCUCGACGUGGACAAGAAUGCCUGCGCGGCAGUGUUUUUAAUUCUUGCAAAACCAUGCUGAAAAACUACUAAAAACAAUGUAAAUAUGUUUAAUUCUCUUGUCCAGCAAUAACAUGUCUGUUUAAUUUUUUUUUUUUUUUUAUCUUUGAACAGUGUGAAAAAAACAACGGUUGUCGGCUAUCUUGAAAAAAAGAAGAAAUAAAACGCCUCCUUUUUUUUUCAAAAACCCGGACGCUAAACCUGUUUUUUUUUUACUUUGCCUCAGAGCUUUUGGUAACAAUCCAGGUGCCUUUAAAAAAAAAAAAUGUUACCUUAUUUCCAGUUUGUUUUUAUUACGAUGCCGUGGAAUCUUCUUUUGAAGAUCCAAAGUUUUAACUUCAUUGAAGUAGUGUUUAUUGCAGGGACUCGGGAAGAAGUAACUUUUUAAAGUCUUUUGAAUUAUGAAACAUGUUUAGUAUCCUAUGAUGUAGUUGUAUCGUUUUAUGAAAUGUUUGAUGAACAAUAAUUAUAAUUGAAAUUACCAGGACGUUAAUUGUAAGCAUUUUUUUGAAGAUCCAAGUUUUAACUGUAUUGAGUUGGAGCUUGGAGGUUAUAGCAGAGGGAAGUAACGUUUUUUUAUAUCUUGUAAAGAUUAUGAAAUACUAUUAAAGUAACCCUUUAAAAGAGAUAUAUCUUUUUCAAAGGUUUAAUGAACGACAAUUGCAACUGAAAUUAACACGGCGCUAAUUAAACUUUUUUUUUUGGAAAUCCAAA